AUGAACAGCACCGAUGGAAUGAACAAUGAAGAUAACAAAAUAUGUCACCAUAACUUAAGAAAAAACAGGAAACCGCGAAGCUACGAUUUCGAGUACUUUGAUGAGUCGCUAAAUAAGCAAAAGGGGAAAAAAAGGGGCAGAAAGAGAGGAAGGAAACCCAAAAAUGCACUAAACGUAAUAAACAAAAAUGUAGACUCUACAAAUAUAGAUGAAAAGGUUAAGAGGCCGUACAUUAAAAAAAGAAGCAAAGACACAAAUGUGCACGAACAGGAAGACAUAAAAAACGAGAAAAAUGAAGACUACAUUGUUUAUAAGAAUGAACCUGUGGAAGAUAACAAACUGCUAAAGGUUCCGGAGGUGCGCCCCAAAGAAAAAAAAAGAAAAAAAAAUUUUAUCAUGGACAAAAGUAUGCAACUACUUAAUUCAAAUGUGCCCCUCAGGAAUAGUAACAUAAAAAUUGAUCGAAUAUGUGAAUAUCUAUCCUACCAAACGAACACCACAUGGAGGUACAUGGGGUCGACUGUUAAAUUUAGGCUUAUAAAUGACCAGCAGGAAAAAUAUAUUUUUUUAAAAAACAUGAAAAAGCAUAUCAUAUUUGAAAUAGUUAAAAUUGCCAUGUUCGCUAUGCUUAGGGUUAAUCUGAAUGACAAUAAUAUUUACACCCUACACACCGAGAUGAAGAAGGGACCCCGGAGGAAGUACCCCAAUGAACAGAGUAAUACAUUCAGUUGUAAACGCUCUUCGGGGGACAAAACCGCAGAAGGUAACUACAUAGGUAGUGUCCUCCACCCCAGUGAGACAGAACAAAAUGAUAAUACCCCCCGUAGUAGUAACAGCCACAUGCACUGCAGCUACUACUACUACAGUAGGCGUAGGUCAGGCAGUGGUGGUAGUGCUAAAGUGUUAAGGCGCAAUUCUAGUCAUGGCAGCGAAAGAGGGCAGAUCCAUCAGCGGGACGUGGAUACCAAUGACAGUAAUUAUAACCACAGUAAUGCUGAUAUUACUCAUGGGAGUGAAUGCAGUUUGAGGAAUUCGCUCCCUAGAGAAAGUGAAAUGCCCCCCAACUGCAUAUACGCGCACUAUGGCUCCAUGGAAGACAUCCAUAAAAGGCUACAAGAAAAAGAUGACAUACUAAACCAUGGCGUAACUGUAUCGGAAAUUCUAGACUUUGUAAAAGAAAAAUAUGAAAAGUAUUACGAAAAUGUUAAACAGUACAUUGUGACGACACUAAAUAUUUAUUGUGCGUUGAAUAUAUUCAAGCUGAUCAGAAGAGGCAGAUAUACCAUUUGCAGGUUCGAGCAUUUCAACAUUUUUAAGGUGAAAUAUUUUAAAAAAUAUUUAAAAUUUGUUUAUACCUUAAAGGGGGAGGAGGAAAUUUUGAUGAACGUUAAGAAUUAUUUGAAAUCCUUUUACUAUGGCAAGACGGUGCGGCAACUGCGCGCAAUGUCUUAUUGGAACGCGGUCAGGGCGGCAAACUCCGUAAGGGGCCGCCGGUCCAGUUUGAAGGAAGGUACAAAUGAAGGUGCAUGCGGAUGGGCAAAGGGGAAGUGCAGGAUGAGUCCACGAACGAGUGUCCGAUUGAGUUCGCAAGGAAGUCUCCAGGAAACUCUCCAACCGAAACAGGAAACGAGCAAACAGCCCGAAGCGUGCACGCAGAACGGGACGAUAAAGGAAGAGCAGAGCCAAAUGAACAACGACCCUCCAGAAAUGAAUAAAAGUAUUAAGCAUGAGAACGUAGUGACAGAUAUUAUCAUCCCGGUCAAUAGUGUAGAGAGCGCACCUUCGAAUGAAGCAAACAGUAUUUGGAAAAACAAAAGCAAAGCGAAAAAUAGCCAAAAGGAACCCAAAACAGGGGCAAAGCAGUGGAAAAAAAAAAGCAAAGCGAAUAGCACUUUAGCAACACCGCACAAUGAAGAAAAGAUAAAAAAUGUGUUUAUCGACUUAAAUAAAAUUCAUAUAAAAUGUAUCAAUGUGGUACACGGCAUGAGACAUUUUUUCUGUUCCUACGAUACGAAAGAAACAAAUGAUGAAGAAUUUGAAAUUAUAAAAGUGCAAAAAAAAUACGACAUAUUGCGCAGGUCCAGUAUUGCAAAUAUGAAUUUAAGGUAUAAUUCUUUUACAGGUUCCAAGAGGCUACAAAGUAGGAACAUGGUGAAGUACAAUAAUGAUAGUUGCGGUUCCUUGGGCACGAAGAAUUUACUCCUCAGAAAUGAUAAUAGCAUGAAUAAUCAUGUUAGCCUUAAUAAUGAGGAGCCAAUGUGCAAACAACCUCAGUAUGGAAAACAGAAAAAACAAAAUUAUGAAGAUGAAGUAAGGAAGCAUGAAAAAUACAACUCUGUUAAUUUUAACAUAAGUUAUAAAACGUUGAGGAAAAAAAUGAUAUGCGUUAGACACUAUGUAUGCACUACUAAGAAGGAAGAACGAUCGCAUAAGCCAAGACAUGAACUGAAAGGAAAGGAGAAACUUCCCACCGUUUCGAAUGACAGCUUGAUACAGACGUGCUCCAUAAAUUCGAACAUGUCCGGUGUCAGUGUGGAAGGGGUCUCCUCGAUGAAUAUGGAGAGCCACUGUUCGCAGUAG